AUGGAUCUUCCGGAGGAAAUAGUGAUAAACAUAAUCGCAAGAGUACCGCUGCAAAGUAUUAUUAGAUUCAAGUUGGUGUGUAGAGAAUGGAAGUCGCUUAUAGAAUCUGAAUUCUUCCGCGAUCUCUUCCAUAGCAACUCCAAUUCAACCUCUUCUAAUUGGUCAAUCCUGCACGGAACUUAUGGACUCAUACACUCUUGUUUGGAGGAACUGAAACUCGAUCUACCACGUGAGUCAUCGCAUGGUAAUUCUCAUAAUCUGUCUUUUGCAAGUAGUUUUACUCAAAACAAUAAUAAUAAGAUCAAAGAGAUUACGGUUGUGGCUUGCGCUGAUGGAUUGGUUUUGCUGCGUCUCAAACCCGAUGAGGAGGACAUGAUGAUACGUUACUACAUCGGGAAUCCCGUGCUACCACAAUGGAUUCAACUCCCUCCUAGAGUGAAUUUGCCAGACCAUAAAGAUUUCAAUGAUUCGGGACUUGUGACACGAAUGCACAAUGGUGUCCUCUUAGGUUACAAGGUGGUUCGGAUAUAUAAUGACUCACUAAAGUUGGGUUUUUCUCGAGCAUGGACUUUUGAGAUUUUUUCAUCGGAUACGGGUGAAUGGAGUGUUCAACAAGUCUCUUGUCCUGAUGUUCUUAUGCGCAGGGCAUCGAAUCCCGUUUCUUUGAAUGGGAAACUUCACUGGCUUGAUUGCUCUCGCCGUCUUAUCCUCCAUGAUUUCUUCUCUCAUGAUGAUCAAGUUCGUGCCAUAUGCCUACCCUCCAGGAUGAAAGACACUCAGUGGGAACAAACUGAGUUCCGAUGCUCUACAAGUAUUUGCCCCUCUCCAUGUGGUAAGAAGAUAUGCACCACCUCGCAAGGAUAUUUUGUGUUAAUUGAUGUUGGAUUGAUAGGCGAGGUCAAGAGCUCUAAUGUUAGGGUUUGGAGGCUCAAGACUGAUUCUUGGAACUGGGAAAAAGCAUGGGAAAUCAACAUGGCAUGCAUAGGGCUUAGCCAUAAGUGUGUUCCAAUGGGAAUCAACUGUUUUGAUGUCGACAUCAUCUAUCUAUGGGACUUAGACCGCAAAUGUUUCCUCGCUUGUAAUCUUCGCACAGAUACAAAAUCUUAUGGAACACGUAAACAUGGUACUUUCGUCUACAAGGGCCCCAAUCCUAUGAUUAGAAAGCCUUUUGGAAAUAAUGAAGAUCGUGUCGAAUACAAGGAAGAUUCUUUAUGCUUCGACCCACGUUCGUGCCUUUCACAAUUUGUUCCGACCUUGCAUGUCGUACCUACAAAGAAAUUACAAAGAAAUCCAAUAUGA